AUGCCCGAUCUGAGAAGCCGGAUGCGUGAGGCCAAUUCUUCGCCGGAGGCAAACCGGGAACUGAUGCUGAGAAUCCGGCGUUCGAACGUCCAGCUCGGGGACGGCCGGAUCAAGACGCUGACAACAUCCCAACACGACUCGAUGGACGAGAUAGUGGAGGCGACGAGCAAGAUGGAGCCCGGCUUCAACGCGAGAACCAAGCAGGACCCUCGAUUCUCGAGUAUCGAACUCGGAGAUCCAGCCGCGGAGAACCUUUGGACGACUUCCAACAGGAUGCCAAACUGGUACGCUCCUGAAACGUACGCGCGACAAACGACCCCGAACUUCUGA